GUCCAUUGGCUUUCGUCUGUCCACGUCUACCUCCCCUAACUGAUUGGCUUGCAUGAUUGUGGGAUCGAAGUCACGCCGAACGCAUCCACGUUAAAUUUAGCACUGUAGCCGGUGUUCGCUUGCUGCAACUGGAUUACUGGGCCCCCUAGCGUGAUGCUAGAUUCCGGAUUAACGUUUACUCUGGUGUUGUCCACGUUUAUCACGUGCUUCGGUUCCUCUUUUCUCAUUGGUUACAAUUUGGCAAUCCUGAAUUUGCCAGCUGCGUAUGUGCAAGAUUUUCUGGGACGCACCAUACUGAAUCUGGAGAGUAAUGUAACAGCCGAUGGUUUCGUCAACCGAGCCUUUCUUUAUGCACAAGUCAGCACAACCUUUGUUGUCGCCGGUGCGAUCGGCGCGUUCAGCUGUGGAUGGGUUGCUGAAUUGCUUGGAAGACGCAACGGCUUAAUGUUCAACCAUGCUUUUGCCAUCCUCGGCGGCAUUUUAUGCCUCCCUUGCGUGUACGCCAAUCAGGCAGCUCUGUUGUUCGUGGGUCGUUUUAUCUUGGGCAUCAACUGCGGCAUAACAAUCGGGAUCGCUGCAAUCUAUUUGGCUGAGAUUGCCCCUCGUGAACUACGCGGUGCAAUCGGGGCGUGUAACCAGUUGGCCAUCACCACUGGGAUUGUUAUGGCUUAUGUGGCCACACUGAGACGCACACUGAACACAAGUGUAUUGUGGCCGGUCGCCUGUAGUCUAUCUGCUGUUCCCGCAACCAUCUCCCUAGUCAUCCUGCCCUUCUGUCCGGAAAGCCCACGGUUCCUGUUUGUGAAGAAGAACAACGAAAUCGCGGCGCGCAAGGCUUUCACACGAUUGAAUUGCAAAGAAAAUGUGGAGACAUUCCUUGGUGAACUACGGGAAGAGUUGGAGUUAGCCAAAAAUCAACCGGAUUUCAAGUUUUCGCAAUUGUUCACCCACGCUGACUUGCGCAUGCCGGUGCUAAUUGCCUGUCUCAUCCAAGUGUUGCAACAACUAUCUGGGAUAAACGCGGUCAUCAGUUAUUCAUCGACUAUGCUCAAAACCGCAGGCAUUCCAGAUGAGUACAAUGAGUACUGCGUGCUGGCGAUUGGUGUACUGAAUGUCAUAAUGACCCUAAUAUCCUUGCCGUUGAUGGAGCGAGCUGGACGCCGGACACUGAUUCUGUGGCCAACACUUGCCCUGGCCGCCUCAUUGUUGCUGUUAACCAUUACAGUGAACAUCACCACAUCUUCGCAAUCGGCAUCAGUGAAGCAAGCCAUGGGAAUAGUUUCGGCACUCCUCAUUCUCGUCUACAUCUGCGGGUUCGCUUUGGGAUUGGGUCCGGUGCCCGCUCUGAUUGUGUCUGAGAUAUUCCGCCAGGCGCCACGCGCGGCCGCAUACUCCCUGAGCCAAUGUCUACAGUGGCUAUCGAACUUACUGGUUUUGUGCAGCUAUCCCAGUAUUGAUGUAAGUAGCGUGCUAUUCCCUACCGUACCCUAGGUACUCAUGUCAUAUUAAUGCUGAACUUAAUGGAACUGCUCACGAAUUUGGUACAAAACGCAUCUACGCAUUUCCGUUUCUUUUUGUAAUGGAGCAAACAUUAGUCCGUAACCUGCGAACGCGUAGUUAUGUUCUACUAUUUACCCAACAGUAUAUUGGUUACGUGCAUACUAUGGCUUAUUGGUACUAGUAUUGGUGUUAAGUAAUGAUACUGUGGUAGCGUUGAUAUUUCUCUGGUAUAUUACCAGACAUUUGGACAACCCACAACGUCACUAAGCGGAACAGUAUCUAAGCUUACGCAGCACGACUUCAUCUAUUUUUAAACUUUUGCACCUAAACCUGAAGUCCGGAUGGUCAGGGAUCACCACAGCUGUAAGUGAAUCUUGCUGAAAACUAUUGAUUUCGGAUGGCACACUUGUGUGUUGCAUGGAACCGCUCUUGCCAAUGUACAGUCUAAAACUUGGAAAGUUUGUACCUGUCAGCCCUGAGUUGCGAAUAGUUGAUUGGCUAGGAUGUCAGCUCAUUCUGCGCGUCUCUAACUAAAACGUGCUGGCUUAUUUUUGGCGCGUCAUCGUCCUUGUCCUGUUUACCGUACGUGCGACAGUGUUCUUCGAUGUGCUACAGCUUGACAUCUUAAAAUACGACUGAUGUACAAUUGUCACUUUGAGUGCUCAUGUCUUUUAGGCCGUCCCUGUUGUUGCUGUCCAUACCCAAUGUUGCAUAAGAGAACGGUCGAAUCGCUGGAUAGCACAUUUAUUUGUGCGUGCGUACGUGUGUAUUCGUGUUUUUUGGAUUCCGAGUCAUUUAUAACUGAGUAAAUGUUCACCAUUUCUGAGGUACAUUCAAAAUGGCUAUUUAACGGAUCUUUAUACCUCACGAAUUCUACAUGUUGGAGGAGUUUAUUUGUUUCACAAAGCGAAUAAGCUUUGCAAUUUAAUCAACACAACUCUAACCCUAAGCAUGCGUCAUUGCGUAUACUAUCGUUUUCAAGAUUAUCACCCUAAAUUCAUUACUACCGUAGAAGGUAUAUUGGCUUUUCAAUAAUGGCCAUUUAAGACCUUGAAGCAUUGCGCCCUGUCCAAGCUAAGCUGCCAACUAUCCCCAUGCGAUCCGCAUUUUAAGCCAUGUUAUUCUACUGGUGCAGCGAUAAAUGGAUUUUAUCCAAACUUUUAAUUACAGGACAUAUGCCUUACUGACAAGCAUUGAUAAGCGUAGUGUGAAGUAGUUUACAUUAACCGAGUCUCUGACGUUGUGGAUCAGCUUGUUCUUUCUUCACCUACCUCUGCUAAUGACUGUCUGCCCGAUAACAUUGCGCCCAUGGCGAUUAGGGGUUCGCCUCUAUUUUUUCGCUGGGAGUCGCGGCCGUUGCAUUCAUUUAACGCAUGCAUUAUCUAACGCGUCAAGUGCCAAGUCGCUCACUACUUGUUGCGACCACAACAUCCCCAUCUUCUCUAUUUCAGAGGGCGAUCAAAGGCUACUCGUUCCUACCAUUUCUGGUGAUCGUCGUGGUUUGCUGGAUUUUCUUCUUCCUGUUCAUGCCAGAGACACGAAACCGCACAUUUGAUGAAGUCGCUCGGGACCUGGCCUUUGGAAAUAUUGUCGUUGGCCGACGCACAGCCACUUUGGAGGGUCGCGCAAUGGUCGUGUUCACCAAAGAAGAUCGGAACAACGGCAUAGAACCACCAAGUACACAGCCAUUGCUUAAGCAAAAGUCCAGUCCGAUCGACGACAUAAACUCUGUGUAGGAACCUAUGUUGUGACAUAAGUUGGGGCAGCAGUAGGUGCAUACCACUCCGUCUCCCUAUCACCCACUCCGAUUGGAGUACAUUUUACUUCGAUUUGAAGACAUUUACUCAGUCGCAGUUGUCCCGAUGGAUCUUGUUGAAUUUUCCCCUGAGUGGCAACUGACAUUCCAGUUGCGCUGUACUGGUCAUGCUCACAUGGUGUUCAUGCUCUUAUUUCGUCGUUCGUCUUUGCAUUUUUACCACCUCUCCAUUUGCAUCGAGCCCGUUCGACCAAUGAGACCCUCAUUGAACUUCCUUUCUCGCUCAACUUUGGAGUUGCUUUGUUUUGAAAGCCUCCAAUUUCUUUGAAUUACUUUUACCUAGCUGUUUCAAUGUACCUGAACUUUAGGAACUAAUUUCUUCUUGGACGUGAUAGUUUUGCAAAUUCUUUGUACUGUCUUAUUGUAAAUAGUUUCACAUCCACUCCAAAUGAAGUCGCUAGUAGUUUGGAACCGUUAACAACUAUUACCUGUUCUCAUGUGGUAUGCAGAUUUGACAUAAAUUUUUCAUUCGCCACAUUUCUUUCAGUUUAACACAUAAAACUAAAAGUUGACCUUCAUAUAACUCCAUGAACCCCCCGAGGAUCCGCACUGCACUCUUCAAAGUUCCUAAGCUGAUCUGAAAACCAUGGUUUCUUAGUACCUGUUUCCUGGUAGUAUGGGCACGAGAAAUUCUGCAUUCACUCACACGACUUUCCAUCGAGUUGUACCGAAGAACAUUUCUCCCUUACUGAACGACUUUUUGGUACCGUUCGAUGGCACUCAUUGUGUCUGCUAUCAUCGUACACACACCACGCUAAUCUUUACGUGAGACACAUACCUGUAGCCUGAUUGUAUCGGGCAGUUGACUGCUUGCUCUUCGGAGAUAAGUUUUUCAGUGACUGUACUGUCUUUUCUUGACCGUAUGUACAAAAUUUUGUCCGGAAAUUAGCGCAACUUACUUGUGAAGUUUGCUGUCUAUUUCUGCGGCAUAGCGCAUAAUGUUGUCUUAGUUCACAAUUAUCACAACCGUUCUCUGCACUUAAACCAGAAAGAACGAUUCAUUUGGUUUGGCUAACACAUGGGGACUGCACCCCUUAUACACUCAUCUCGUUUGUCUGAUGCGCUUUUUCGGAAUGUUUCACUUGUACUAGACUCAGGAGUUGCCAAUUCUGAUUAUCUUAUAGGAAGUUG